UAUUAACUCCGAUUAGAACUUCAGUCAGUCUUCUAACGAGGACUUCUAAGAGUCUGCCUACAAAUCGCACAAUGUUUUGCUUCCAAGCUCCCUUCACGCGAUCGCGUGGCGUUACGUCCACCGCAUCGCUAUCGAAGAGCAAGUCGUCGCUGUCGAAGAGUAAGACCUCGUUGUCGAAUGCGAUCCCAUCGCCCACAUCCGCCAAGACAUCCAACGUGAGCGAGCGCAACCGACGUGGCUCCGAGGCGACCAGCGAGGGCUCCAACUCUUCCAUCAAAUACAUCGAUCAGGUCUCGCUGUCCGGCGGUAGCAGCACGGAAACAUUACCGGGUAUCCGUGCUGAUUACCUCGAUCUUGAACCUUUAUCGCCUGGAGCGGACGUUUUGACUUUGCCUAACGAUAUAAUGGUCGUUUUAAACGGCAACGAUACCAACGACGGACAGUUUCUGCAGGACGAGACUCAGACUACGCGUUCUCUGUCGUCGCCGAAGAAGUCGAAUAACAACAGCAGCAGUUGGCGUCGCAAGCUCAUGCUGCGUCUUCGUUCCAACGAUUCCUCGAACUUGAACAAUGGCGAAAUACGCUCUUGUUCGACGUCUCCUUCACCCGCGAGCGAAUCGAUAGCGGAGUCCCCGUCUUCAUUGAGGAAUCCUCGUGCAGACGAGGGACGACAAAGUGACAAUACCACAGCGACGACCGUCUCGUCGCCGUCGGUUCUGAUCGACGUGAUCGACGACAGCUCUCAGGUAGCUGCUGCCUCUGUCGAAUCUCUGGAAAAUGGCUUCAGCGAGCCCGAAGAAGAGAAUAACAACGAAGAGGAUGAGGAGGAGGCCUCUCCGGAGACUGAGACCGAGGAGGGCUUAUCUUCACCGUCCAGUCCAGCAGCCGCGUCGUCCACCGUCGGUCUGGCUACUUCCGCGGCACCACCUUAUUACGACUUUCUGUCGGUAAACGGCGGUACCAUGCGGCAGGAGACCACCAGUACCAGCUCGCCGCAACUAUCGUCUGGCGCGAGUUUGCAUUCCAGCGAGUCACCGCCCGCCGACACCUGCAACUCCUAUAGCGAGGAGCGCCACAGCAGUCCGGCUAUGGACUCGAUGAAGCCCGAGAGCCUCGACACGUCUGGGUGCCUGCCAGCUGCGAGAUCUUGUCCGAAUCUCGAGCGGCAAAGCGCUGGUCGCUCAUCAACCAGCGGCUCGUUGAGCGCGAGUCCAAGUCCGGGACUGACCGGGCCUCGUUUCAAGCCUCUUGAGGAAGGCGACAUACAAAUGUGCUACCUGAAUCACACUGAAACCCUCGUGAAAAAGAUCCUGUCCAGCAAGUUCCUAAGACGCUGGGAGACCCACCAUCUCUAUCUCAAUGACGCUUGUUUAUCCUCCAAAACGCUCACGGGUUUUCUUCAGCAACCUAUUCCGUAUAUUAGCAUGUCGGAGAUCCGGAAAUACGUUGUCACCAGGUGGGACCCUGCAUAUAAAAACUGCCUCAAAAUCGUCGUGCCGCACGGUUCGCUUUUUCUGCAAGCUAACAACGCUUACACGAGGGACCAGUGGUAUCAUUCGAUAUUAUGGAAGAAAAGUAUCUGCAAGUAUCAACUUCUCGUCUCGAUAAGCUCUCGCGAAGAGGUGAUAUUGCGCGAAUUGCGCAUUAUGGUGGAUUUCGCUCUGUGGACACCGCUCCAGGACGAGAGAGUGGCAGGCGCCCCGCUGGAGGCGGUCGCUAAAUUGUUGGACGAACCCAGCGUGGAGCCUGACUUGGACGAGAGAACAGAAGAGAUUGUUCGUGAUCGCAGAAGCUUGGCGGAGGCCGUUCUCGCCGUGGUGACUCCGCUUUUGGAAAAAGCAGCACCGCCAGUGACGCUUGCGAGGGUACUCACUAACCUGGCGCAACAACAUCCGCGAUCGCAAUUGGUCCCGCUGCUUAUCCCAGCGAUCACGAGAUGCCUGAAGCACACCGUUGACUUUGGCAAGUCGCCGGACAUGAGACAACUGAUACAGGUAUUCAUCGCCGCUUUGUACGAGAACAAUGACGGUGAGCAGGCGAUCAGGGAUUACGUUUCGUCGAUUCAUGGACCGGGUAGCGAUUGUCCACACCCGAGAGUGCUUCCCAAUCUCAUAUCCAUCUGUGUCGCGGCCAUAUUCCACAGGUUCGAAGUGUUGAGUCGUGCGUCAUCGAACGAGGACAAAUCACCGUCAUUGCCGCCGUUGCAGUGUUAUUUGCUCGUCUUGGAUAUCGCGUCGGAAUACGCUGACUGGCGUUCAGGUCUUGGGGCACUGUUGCAACCCGUCCCAUUCCCUGAAAAGGCUUUGACCGUGAGAGAAGUUCAGGAAUCCGUACUAAUGUGCGUGGUGCAACGACUGGCGAAAGAUCCGAGAUGUGCGGUGCAUCGCGUCUUGCUGCCCGUCAGAGAAUCGCGUCCAGGCUGGAUCCAUAUCGCCGCACCAUCCAGCCCAGCUUGUCCAGAUCGUGGAGAACUAUUCGGCGAAAUGCUCACGACUCUUUUGGCGUGCUGCUGUCGGCGGAAGAGAUUUAUUGCAACCCUGCUGAAGCAAGCGGGUGAUGAUUGCAUCUUGCUGGCGGUACGAGGCUGCGACGCUGCGCAGGAAGCGCUUUGCUUGAUGCUCGAGUGGCGCUUUCUGCCAAACGAGGAGGCGAGACUCCAGAUAGUUAACGCGCUUGAAUCCACGGAAUCCGGAAAGGAGCGCUAUGCCGCUCUCUGUCAGAGGCAGAAGAAUCUGCAGGAGUUGCAACAAAAGGGCGGACCGCGGAAAUUAACGCUUCCAGUACGAGCGACCGACGCCGACGUUGCCCUUCUAUUAGGCGGUCGUGCUCUCGGUAAUCUCGAAUGCCUCAGCCUGGCUUUCACCUCUGUGACGUCCGCGUGCGCGGAACAAUUGAUAAAGUUGCCAGCGCUGAGAUAUCUGAACUUGUGGGCUACGCAGUUCGGCGACGCCGGCCUACAGUUGAUUAGCGAGCAUUUGCAGAAGCUGCAGGUGCUGAACCUCUGCGAGACGCCAGUAUCCGACAAAGGCAUCUCUACAUUGGCCUCAUUAACCAGCCUAAAGAAAUUGAAUCUUAAUAGUACGAAGCUGUCGGCUCAGACGUUCGAGUCAUUGAAGAAGCGACUACCGGCCCUGCAAGAAUUCGACGUUCGAUACACGGAGGCCUGGUGACCCUGGUUUAAAGUCAAGACGUCCAACUCUUCGUCCAACGGCAGUAGUGUUCGUCGUGAUUCGAAAACGAAGAAGCAACGCUGAGGUGUUUGGUCGUCCCGAAAAAAAUUCAACAGACGUCAUGAGAUGAUGUCCGUAUUUUCGGUGUAAUCAAUUCAAAUGAAUAUCGAGCAUUGGGCGCGAUAAAUUCGUUUGUUUUGCUUCGAUUUUGCUAAUAUGCGACGUCUGCUAUCAGCAUAACAAUCAAAUAACAAUCGCUGAAAACUAUGUACUUUGUGAAAUUUUCCUAAGGAAAGGAAACAAAGUCUUUUACACU